AUGCCGCUCGCUGGAGUCGGAGAGGAGUUUCCACUGAAGAAGAGACGAGGAGGUUUCCUUAUUCGAGGAACAAGGUCGGGAGGUGACGAAGACGAUGGGGCGGAGGAUGAACAGGAAGAAGAGAAGGCGUUGGUCGAGAACGGGGGUCUGAUAGAGAGAGAAUCGAAAGCGAUGUCCUACGGGACGAGGAGAAGAUCUACCUUCGCCGCAGCGACGGACGAUACUUGUGGCGGCGGCGGCGGCGGUGCAACAGCUACCAUUGUGAAGGAGGAGGGAGGGCUUCUGUUGUCAGCGGCGGGUCCGUCGGGGAAGAAGAGGCGGAGCCCGGCAGUGCUGAUGGAGGGUUCAAGAUGUAGCCGCGUGAAUGGGAGGGGCUGGAGAUGCUGCCAGCAGACCCUCGUAGGCUACUCGCUGUGCGAGCAUCACCUCGGCAAAGGGAGGCUGCGGAGCAUGAACAGCGUCCGGUGCAACGGGCGGGGGAGGAAGAAGGAGACGGCGGCGCCGCCGUCACCCACCCUGCAGCCGGGAGAGAAGAUAGUGAAGGCCGGCAAGAGGAGGAAGAAGAUCGGGAUGGUGAAGGCUCGCUCCAUCAGCAGCCUUCUACACCAGCCCCACCUUCCAACGCCAACAACGACGGUGCAACCAGUCUCGUCUCCAUCUGCAGGCACGAUAUCAGCUUCUCUUGGAUACGCCAUUGACCAUGAUAGCGUCAUGGCUUGA